AUGACGACAAUCCUCCGGUGUCUUUCGUUAAGUUUUCUCCCAAUGGAAAAUACAUCCUCGCUGCUACUCUGGAUAACACACUGAAGCUCUGGGACUACAGCAAAGGAAAGUGUUUGAAGACGUACAGCGGCCAUAAGAAUGAGAAGUACUGCAUCUUCGCCAACUUCUCAGUGACAGGAGGGAAGUGGAUUGUGUCGGGCUCUGAGGACAGCAUGGUCUACAUCUGGAACCUUCAGACCAAAGAGAUCGUUCAGAAACUACAAGGACACACAGACGUUGUGAUCUCCACCGCCUGUCAUCCAACAGAAAACAUCAUCGCCUCCGCCGCGCUGGAAAACGACAAAACCAUCAAACUGUGGAAGAGUGACUGUUAGACCUGAACUAGGUCGGGUCCAGAACCUGAACUGUCCUGCUUUAACUCGAUGUGUCUCACACAGACUGAUAAUCCACAUGAACACACACAGAGCCACAAACACAGUCAGACCAGGUCCCACAGAGUCCGAGUCCCACAGAGUCCAGGUCCCACAGAGUCCGAGUCCCACAGAGUCCAGGUCCCACAGAGUCCAAGUCCCACAGAGUCCGAGUCCCACAGAGUCCGAGUCCCACAGAGUCCAGGUCCCACAGAGUCCAAGUCCCACAGAGUCCAGGUCCCACAGAGUCCGAGUCCCACCGAGUCCAGGUCCCACAGAGUCAAAGUCCCACAGAGUCCCACAGAGUCCAAGUCCCACAGAGUCCAGGUCCCACAGAGUCCGAGUCCCACAGAGUCCAA